AUGCGGAUUGUUCGUGAGUCGUUGACUAUUGGGAUUCAUAAAAUCUAUGCAUGGAGCGAUUCGUCAGUUGUUCUUACGUGGAUCGCGGGUGAACCGAGUCGGCAGAAAACAUUUGUCGAUAAUAGGGUCAGCAAAAUCCAAUCUAUCCUGCCUAGCAGUCAUUGGGGGCAUGUUGCAGGUACAGAAAAUCCCGCGGACUUAAUCUCUCGAGGCAUCAAUUUUGACAAUUUUCAUAGCAAUUCAUUGUGGUGGACAGGUCCACCGUGGCUUUCGGAAUUCAAAGAUCCAUGUCAAGGCAAGGGCGAACUUUCCGAUCGGGAAUUUGAUAUCAUACAAUCGGAAAAAAAGGGAAAUAUGCGAGUUUUUGUUGCUCGAGCUAAUUCCGAGUCGAUAAUCGAAACAAUGUUUUCUAAAUUUUCAUCAUUAACCAAAAUCGAAAGAGUACUUGCUUGGUGUUAUCGAUUCAUCACAAAUUCUAGAAACAAUCUCGAGAACCGCAAUUUUGAUAACUUAUCCGUGAGGGAUUUGCAUCUGUCGCAAUUAAAAUUAAUCAAACAUGUUCAAGAGCAAUUUUUUACAAGGGAGUUGGAUGACUUAAUUAACGAUCGCGUAAAUAGAAACAGCGCGCUUGCCCAUAUGAGUCCAUUUUUAGAUAACGAUGGGAUUCUCAGGGUGGGCGGCAGGUUGCAGAGAUCCGCUAUUAAUCAUGACAAAAAACAUCCGAUUUUGCUGCCGGCAAGAUGUCGAUUUGUGGAACUAUUAUUUGAACGGGAACAUUGUCGUAUGCUACAUGCCGGUCCACAAGCUUUGCUUUCUUCAAUUCGGGAAAGAUUUUGGCCUUUGAACGGCCGCAACACUGCUCGUAGAAUAACAAGGAGAUGCGUAACGUGUUUCAGGGUUAAGCCAAGGUUGUCAGAUCAAAUAAUGGGAUCGUUGCCACCGGAUAGGGUUACCGCUUGUCAACGAGUAUUUUCGACAGUAGGAAUUGAUUACGCUGGCCCUAUUGUUACAGUUGCAAAUAAGGACCGAGGACAAAGAAGUCGCAAAUCAUAUAUAGCGUUGUUCAUAUGCUUUUCGACUAAAGCGGUUCAUUUAGAAGCAGUCAGUGAGUUGACAUCGAGUGCGUUCUUGGCUGCAUUGCGCCGCUUUGUGAGCAGACGAGGUUAUCCGCAAAAAAUUUAUAGCGACAAUGCCACUAAUUUUGUCGGCGCAAAAAGAGAGCUUGAGGAAUUGUAUCGGACAAUCAGAACGUUUUCCAAAUCGAUAGAAGAAUAUUGUACAUCUCAAAGCAUAGAAUGGAAAUUAUCCCCCCCAUGCGCCUCACAUGGGUGGUAUUUGGGAAGCAGGAAUAAAAUCGUGUAA